GUUGCGCGCUGUCAGAUUUGCUACGCAAAAAAUGAUGUUGUUAUUUUUAAUCCAUUCCACCUUUUAGUUGUUUCUGUUGCGUUUUUACCUACUUUAAAACACUCUAAAAGUGGUGUUUAGUGUAAAUGGUUAACUAAUAAGUAAGCAAAACGAAGGGAAAAAAAACCCGGUUCUAAACCGAUGUGAUAGUGUAGUGUAGUAUAGAAUACCCUCCACCCGAAAAUGCAUCGUCUGCUGGUGCGUGGAGUAGUGCGUGGAGCAGCAGCUUCAAUAGAUAGCUCCAGCCGGUGGGUGCUCCCGGGCCCGAAGUUGCUACACACGGCAAGGCCGUGCUUAUCGGACGCAGGCAGCAGCGGCGAUCGGCGGGCACAAUCGCCGGAAACCAGCGCGUCAUCGGCGGCAACAUCAUCGACAGUUGAUAGUGCUGAUAAGCAGAACAAAUCGAAUAGUGAACGCGAACGGUCACAGCCAACUACAGCUUCGACGCUCAGCGACAGCUUUGGCCGAUUUCACAGCUAUCUGCGAAUAUCGCUUACCGAGCGGUGCAAUCUACGCUGCAAGUACUGCAUGCCGGCGGACGGUGUGCAGCUGACCCAGAAACAGCAACUGCUAACCAGCGCGGAGGUGCUCCAGCUAGCCAGCCUGUUCGUGGCGGAGGGCGUCCGCAAGAUACGGCUCACCGGCGGCGAACCCACCGUGCGCAAAGACCUGACCGAGAUCGUUGCCCAGCUGAAGGCCACCAAUCCGCUGCUCGAAAGCGUGGGCAUCACCACGAACGGCCUAAUGUUAACGCGCCAGCUCGUCGGGCUGCAGCGGGCCGGGCUCGAUGCGCUCAACGUCAGCCUGGACACGCUGCGGGCGGCCCGGUACGAGCAGAUAACGCGCCGGAAAGGCUGGGACCGGGUGAUGGCCGGCAUUGACCUGGCGAUCCAGCUCGGCUACCGGCCAAAGGUGAACUGUGUGCUGAUGAAGGGCUUCAAUGAGGACGAAAUCUGUGACUUUGUCGAGCUGACGCGCGACCGGAACGUGGACGUGCGGUUCAUCGAGUACAUGCCGUUCACCGGCAACCGGUGGGACACGGACAAGAUGGUACCGUACCGGGCGAUGCUCGAGACGAUCCGGGCCCGCUACCCGGCGUUCGAGGCGCUUCCGAACGGCCCGAACGACACGUCCAAGGCGUACCGGGUGCCGGGCUACCGGGGGCAGAUGGGCUUCAUCACCUCGAUGACGGAGCACUUCUGCGGCAGCUGCAACCGGUUGCGCAUUACCGCGGACGGCAACCUGAAGGUGUGCCUGUUUGGCAAUACGGAGGUGUCGUUGCGCGAUGCGCUGCGCAGCCCGGGCUGCUCGGAGGACGAUCUGCGCUGUCUCAUCUCGGCCGCCGUCAAGCGCAAAAAGAAACAGCACGCAGGAAUGCUCAAUCUUUCGCAGAUGGAAAACCGACCGAUGAUACUGAUCGGUGGGUAGGUUCGGUUACGGUGGAAGAUCGACCAGGAUAGCCGCAGUUUUUCACGACGAUGAUGAUGAUGACGAUCACCCCCCUUUUAGGUUUAACGAAGCAA